AUGUGGAAACCUAGAUUGUACGGCAAUGCUCUCGUCUACACAAUCACAGCAUGCUGUUGUCAAGGCUUCCUGCUCCUGGGAUACGACCAAGGUGUCAUGAGCGGCAUCAUCGGCGCAGAUAACCGCUUCGCAAAGGAUUUCAACUACCCAGGUACCAGUACACAGGGUACAAUUGUCGCUAUCUAUGAUAUUGGUUGUGUUGUUGGAUCGAUAUUGUGUUUUUACAUCGGAGAGAAGAUGGGCCGGAAGCGUAUGAUUAUGGCUGGUGGGAUAACAAUGUUGGUUGGGACCGCAAUCUUGACGAGUUCUACUACACUGGCCCAGUUGAUUGUUGGUAGAAUUGUGACCGGUAUUGGAAAUGGUUUCAACUCUAGCACUAUUCCGGUCUAUCAGGCAGAGUGUUCCCCGGCAAGAGUCAGGGGUAUGCUACUUACUACACAGGCUGUCGUUACCAUCUUUGGACUUUGUAUUGCUUAUUGGUUGGAUUAUGGCACAUCUUUCAAUGAUGGCCCCAUGCAAUGGCGUCUUCCUCUUGGAUUCCAGGCGUUUUUUGCCUUGUUUCUCGUCUUGCAAAUCCUCAUGCUUCCGGAAACCCCCAGAUGGCUUGUCGCUCAAGAUCGCGGUGAAGAAGCAGCCCAGGUUUUGGCAGAUCUUGAGGGAGAGGAAUAUUUCCCCGAUCAUCCAAGAAUAGUCGAACUCCGUCAGGACAUUGAGGCGUCGGUAGCGCUAGAAAGUCAAGGCGGUCCAUUCAAAUUCAAAGAACUCUUUAUCGGUGGCAAGAUUCAGAACUUUCGAAGAAUCUGUCUUGCAAUUGCUGUCAUGGUCAUGCAACAAGCAACAGGUGCAAACAUGAUCAACUACUAUGCCCCAGUUGUUUAUCAGCAGACUAUGGGACUCACCCGCAAUAUGUCUCUCAUCCUCGGUGGCUGCACAUCCCUGACUUAUCUGGUCGGCUCUUUUAUCCCAUUGUGGAUAGUUGAUAGACUUGGUCGUCGUCCUCUCCUCAUGUUCUCCUCUGUCGGUCUCUGCCUAUGUUUCUCACUGGCUUCAAUUCUGCUCUCGCUUGAAUCUGUGUCCGCUGCAUACGGUGCCUGUGCAAUGGUCUUCAUCUUUCAGAUCUUCCUGGGCAUCGGCUGGCUCCCCGUACCAUGGUAUUAUGGCUCCGAAGUCUCAACCACUCGACUCAGGUCCCGCGCACAGGCCAUAGGGUCGGCGUUCAAUUGGCUUGCUGUGUUUACGGUAGUUGAGAUUACACCAAUUGCCAUCGACAAUAUCGGGUGGAAGACAUUCAUCAUCUUUGCUGUUUUCAAUGCUGGAAUGGUGCCGAUUGUGUAUUGCUUCUUCCCAGAGACGAAAGGCCUUGAGCUGGAGGAUGUAGACCACCUCUUUGACCGCGGUGGUAUCACUGGAGGCGUAUGGAGUACAGGUGGAAAGACUGUAGAAAGACGGAGGGUAGGAGAGGAAACGGGGGUGUUUGAGCGGGCAGAGAAAGCAAGUGGUGUGCAUCUAGAAGAUGCGCCUGCUCGGAAAGAGUAA